CUGAUGCAGAAGAACCAGAAUCCCAACUAAGGUGCAGCUGUGCUAUUGUGCUAAUGCUAUAAAAGAAACGCAAAAGUCGACUAACGCAACUUCUGUUCACCAGAAUUAUCACAGGUUCUUUGUUAUGAAUCACGUCAUGCUGCUGCUGCUGGUGGUAGCGUUGUCCUCGCUGGUCCACUCGGCUGUUCUCGUUAACACGUCCCUGCCGAUGGACUGUGAGGAUGUUUACAACCUAAAGAAAAGCUCAGUAAAGAACGCCACUGUUCCCAGUGGAGUGUACACCAUUUACCCAGCAGGUCCUAAUAAAACCGUGAAGGUGUACUGUGACAUGGGCUGCCUGGAAACCGGAGGCCAUGAUGAUGGGAAGUGGACUGUGAUUCAGAGGAGAAUCAACGGCAAUCUGAGUUUCUACCGGCCAUGGGAGCACUACAAGAAUGGAUUUGGUAAUGCCAAUGGUGAAUACUGGCUAGGUUUGCAGAACAUUUUCCUGAUGACCUACAGGGAGAAGUAUCAGCUGAGAGUGGACAUGGAGGAUUUUGAGAACGGCAGUGCCUACGCCCAGUACACCCAGUUCUACAUCGACCCAGAGUCCAGCAAUUACAAACUGAACAUCGGGGGCUACAUCAAUGGAGGAGCAGGUGAUUCUUUAUCCUAUGUGAAUGGGAGGGAUUUUGCAACCUUUGACAAAGACCCUACAGGAAACUGUGCGGAGACUAACAGUGGAGGAUUCUGGUACUAUGGAUACUGGUACUACAGUGCGUGUCACUUAGCCAACCCCAACGGCCUGUACAAAUAUGGGAAUGUGGGGACAGUGAACACAGGAAUCAUGUGGCAGUCCUGGAAAGGAAACUACUACUCUCUGAAGACCAUCGUGAUGAAGAUCAGACGGAUGGGUCUGGAAGAUCUUGCAGAUCUUUAGCUUUCCAGACUUCAGAAGAAAUCCAGAAGAGUAGAAUAGAGAGGAAUAGGUGUAAUAUUGACUACUUACUGAUUAAUCGUAAUCUUUUGGUUUUGGGUUUACCCUGUGGUAUAUCCCCCUGUAAUAUCCUCCAUUCUCAGCUAUAUUAGUUUCCUUUUGUAAAUGUGUAUUUUGUUCCUGGUACACAUUUCCUUUUUGUCAAAUAUGUUAAUCAAAUCAAAUGUUGCUUCCUUUGUACUUCUUUUAAGCAAUGUGUUAAUUAAAUAAACUGUUUAAACAAAG